AUGAAAUUCUUGUUUUUUAAUUAUUUCCAGAUUUAUCCUUAUCUGGUCGUUAAUGAUUCGGGAUUAGUUGAUGCACGACGUGAAGAAAGAGUUCUUCAACUUCUUCGAAUGCUGAAUAGUUAUUUGACAAAGAGUAAAGAAACAAGCAAAAGAUUCUUGCACAUAACAGUUCCACGUGUUGUUGCAGUUUCACCUCAAAUGCGACUAGUUGAAGAUGAUCCAACAAGUAUUUCACUUCUUGAUAUUUUAAAGAGUUAUUGCUCAAGAUUGAAUAUCGAACACGAUGCUCCAAUCUCCAGGUACUAUGAAAGAUUGGGAGAAAUUCAACAACGUGGAUCACAAACAUCUCAUGGAACAUUCAGAGAAAUCUUUAAAGACAUUCAAACGAAUAUGAUUCCGAAGACAGUUUUGAAAGACUGGGCGACGAGAACAUUCAAUUCAGCGACAGAUUAUUGGACGUUUAGAAAGAUGUUCACCCUACAAUUGUCGUUGUGUUGCAUUCUUGAGUAUGCUUUUCAUUUAACAAGACUCAACGCUGACAUGAUGUAUUUGCAUCAAGAUUCAGGACUUUUAAACGUUUCGUACUUUAAAUUCGAUCUUGAUGAUGUCAACGGUGAAUUCAAUAAAAUGCGACCAGUACCGUUCCGUUUGACACCAAAUAUUGUUGAGUUCUUGACAAACAUCGGAAUUUCUGGUCCACUUCAAGCUUCUGUUAUCGCAACUGCGCGAUGCUUCUUGCAACCAAACUUCCAGCUAGCAACAAUUCUAAGAACGAUUCUACGUGACGAGAUCAUCACAAUUUAUCGCAAACAAAUCAUGAACACAAAGCCAACUGAUGCCAAUGAAGAUCUUUCACAAGAUAAAAGUUUCAGUGAAAUUAACAUUGAAAAUGUCAUUCAAAUAAUCAACAAAGAUACAAAUCAAAUCAUUGAGCGUUUGAAAACGCUUUCAAACUUUGACCAUAGUGAUGGAAAUAAAAUGUCACAACUUAUUCAACUAGCUCGGAAUCCUGAUUACUUAUGUGGAAUGGAUCCGUCAUACCAACCAUGGUUGUAAGGGAGAUUACUUAAGAUUUUAAAAACAAAAGAAUUUCGUUUUCAUCGGUUUGAAUUUUUCUUCAAUGAUAAGUUUGAGUUUACAUUUUAAAAAAAAUAAAAAGAUUUAGGAAAUAAAAAGAAACUUUUAUGUCAA